AUGAAUAUUGUCCGUACCGGUGACCUUGACCUGCCUCCAGGGUUCCGCUUCCAUCCGAGUGACUUUGAGAUUGUAAAUGACUACCUCACGGAAAAGGUGCGCAACAGGGACUUCAUCUGCGCCAUCGGGGAGGUCGACCUAAACAAAACUGAGCCAUGGGAUCUCCCGAGGGAGGCAAAAAUGAAUGAGAAAGAGUGGUACUUCUUCUCACAGAAGGACCGCAAGUACCCGAUGGGGCUAAGGGCAAACAGGGCCACGGAAGCUGGUUAUUGGAAGGCGACCAGCAAGGACAAGGAGACCACUGGGAUAAGGAAGAUGACUGUACCAGUGUACCAAGUGGCCAUGCCCGGUGCUGAGAUUGAUCAGAAUCAGAACAACAUCCCGACUUUGCCAUGCAUGGACCCAGUGCCCCCCUACUACCCCAACCCCAACGCUAGCGUGGGGAUGCCACUGGUGAUGCCGCCUAUGGCAGGUAUCGGUGGCGCUGGUGGGCUCCAGAUCAACGGUGCCCUGUUCGACAAUCCAAUGGCCAUGCCACCAGUGAUGAACUUUUACCACCAGAUGGGCAUGGGGGCAGCCGCUGGCCAGAUGGGCAUGGGGGAACCAGCAGGCCAGAUGGGCAUAGGGGCACCAGUAGGCCAAAUGGGCAUUGAAGCUAUUGACCAUAUGGACAUGGGAGCAGCUGGCGCUGGGAACUUCGAUAUUGCUGCGCCUGAGAGUAGGCCGUCCUCGAUGGUGUUGCAGAACGAUGAGCAGGCUAAUGCCGCUGAGAUCUCGUCGAUGAUGUCCGUGACCGGCCUAGGGUCCGUGACCACCACCAUAGAGAUGGAUGGCAUAUGGAAGUAUAAGUAUUGA